AUGAGGUGUGGCUGCAUAUAUUGGGUGGAUAAGAUGUUAAAUAAAUCCUUUUAUCAUUUGGGCGUUUUAAUUGCUAAACAUCCUGGCUAUUUUAUUAUAAUACCGGUGCUGCUUACUAUGCUCUGCAUGACUGGCUAUCAACAAUUAAAAUACCAAAUUGAUCCCGAAUAUUUAUUUUCACCUGUCAAUGGAGAGGGCAAGGCUGAACGUGCUAUUGUUGAGAACUAUUUCAAGGUCAAUUACACACAUCGCUUCAAUGUUGGACGCAUAACGCGACCUGAAUGA